CUGUUGUUGGCUCAUUUUCGUAACGGUACUGUGUCUGUACGGGAGUGUCCAUUUAUCCGACCCGAAUUGCAGAAUGAUAAGCGAGUGACAAGUGGAUGAUGUAGGUCGAUUAAAAGUAGUUUGUUUUGGUUAAUUACUGAACUUAUAGAGACUAUAAACCAUUGGAAACGUAGAGACACUGUGAUUUUUGUGAAUUUAGUGCUCAAUUUUUGAAAAAGUGGAUUCGUAAGUAAACAGUACUUGCUGGGUGUUUAGAUAGUGUGUAGCGAUGGCUGAGGCUGCAGGCACCGCUGGCACUAACCCCAAUGCGGAAAUUGUCCGUGGCCAGGUUUUCGAAGUGGGUCCCAGAUAUACCAACUUACAAUAUAUCGGCGAAGGAGCCUAUGGGAUGGUUGUGUCGGCCUUCGAUAACAUAAAGAGGACGAAAGUUGCCAUCAAGAAAAUAUCACCCUUUGAACACCAGACCUACUGUCAGAGAACGUUACGAGAAAUCAAAAUCCUCACCCGCUUUAAGCACGAAAACAUAAUCGACAUUCGAGAUAUUUUAAGAGCGGACAGCAUUGAUCAAAUGAAAGAUGUUUACAUCGUACAGUGUUUAAUGGAAACGGACCUCUACAAAUUGUUAAAAACACAGAAACUUAGCAACGAUCACAUCUGUUACUUCCUCUACCAAAUCCUGCGAGGUCUCAAAUACAUUCACUCGGCGAACGUGCUGCACAGAGACCUGAAACCAUCUAAUUUAUUACUCAAUACUACAUGCGAUUUAAAGAUUUGCGACUUCGGGUUGGCGCGAGUGGCCGACCCUGACCACGAUCAUACAGGGUUCCUCACGGAGUAUGUUGCUACCCGCUGGUACAGGGCUCCUGAGAUCAUGCUCAACUCUAAGGGCUACACCAAGUCGAUAGACAUCUGGUCGGUCGGUUGUAUUCUAGCGGAGAUGCUGUCGAAUCGGCCUAUCUUCCCUGGCAAGCACUAUUUGGACCAGUUGAACCAUAUUCUCGGUGUGCUGGGUUCACCCAGCCGGGAAGACUUGGACUGCAUCAUCAAUGAAAAGGCGCGCGGCUACCUCGAGUCGCUGCCGUUCAAGCCGCGCGUGCCGUGGGCGGAACUGUUCCCCGGCGCUGAUGCGCGCGCGCUCGACUUACUCCACCGCAUGCUGACUUUUAACCCUCACAAACGGAUCACUGUCGAGGAGGCGCUCGCACAUCCCUACUUAGAGCAGUACUAUGAUCCCAACGACGAGCCCGUGGCGGAGGAGCCUUUCCGAUUUGCGAUGGAGUUGGACGAUCUACCGAAGGAAACACUGAAGAAGUACAUAUUCGAGGAAACGCUAUUAUUCAAGCAAACAAAUGAAGGCGCGUAAAUUUCUUCGGACAGUAUAACACGACUACUGCGACGCGACUCGUGGAUUGAGACGCGGUCUGCAUGCAAAAACUGUGUUCUAUCAAUUAGUUGACAGAAAAUUCAAUACGCUAAUGACUUAUCGAUGAUCUUGAUCGACCGUAACACAGUAUAACCCAACAAUCGUGUGUCAUGAAUCUUCGCACAAACCAGA